UCCCCCCUCAUUCAUUGUCAGCUUCCUGGAGCCAUUUUUUUUCUCUCUCCAGCGAGCGGCGCAGCGUCAGUGGAGCUCGGAGGUAACUUUUUAAAUCCGAGCCAUCUGCGCGUUUAUGACACUAAUAUCACCUGAAACGUGGCCUUAUCGAUAGUUAAGAGUCUAAUCUUUCAUGCAAGGUCAAUAUUUAUGGUGUAAAAGCAGCGCGUUGGUGUUAAAAACGCGGUUUAAAGUGAGAUCGGAGAGCAAAAGAGAGACAGAAGCGAGACGCACACACACACAAGUGCCGCGUCGGAGACGAUGAGAAGAGCGAUCUCAUCCUCGGCCCCGGACAGUGUGAUCAUCACCGGGGUUGGUGGCUCUUCGCUGGACGAGAACGCGGUCCUGACGGCCCUGGGCUCCAACACACACACAACCACCUACAUCCACAUCAUCACCCCGCCGCCGUGCCUCACACACACUCCCGCCGUGUGUGUGUCCGAGUCUCCGGCUGCGAGCCUCUACAGCACACCGACAGGGAGCGGACAGAGACCUGCGCUCGGACGGCCUCCGGCGAAGAGGCGACUGGCUCUCGACGACUCGGACCAUCUGUACACAGCCGAAGUAGCCAAAACCCCCAAGACCCAAAAUGGAGGACCGCUGGCUGUACUAAAGGGCAACAAAACGACAAAAUCUCCAUCAGAGAAGACUCGCUACGACACGUCUCUGGGUCUCUUGACUAAGAAGUUUGUGCAGUUGUUGGGCCAGUCGUCGGAUGGCGUGGUGGAUCUGAACCAGGCGGCUGAGGCGCUCAACGUCCAGAAACGGCGUCUCUACGACAUCACCAACGUGCUGGAGGGCGUGCACCUCAUUAAGAAGAAAUCCAAAAACAACAUCCAGUGGAUGGGCUGUAACCUUUCAGAGGUUGGUGGAGUUCUGACCCAUAAACAGACGUUGAGCAGUGAAGUGGCUCAGCUUGUGCAGGAGGAACGUAGACUUGAUGAGUUGAUCCAAAGAUGCAUGCACGAAGUCAAGCAGAUGACGGAGUCGUCUCAAAGUCAGAAGCUUGCUUAUGUAACAUAUCAAGACCUCCGACAGAACACUAGUCUGAAGGAUCAGACAGUCAUUGUUGUCCGUGCUCCAUCCGAGACCAAGUUAGAGGUGCCCGAUCCACAAGAGGGCUUGCAAGUUCACCUCACGAGUACAAAAGGUCCUAUAGAUGUCUUCUUGUGUCCUGAUGAAAAUACCCCUGCCAGUCCGGUGAAGAAUGAAAGUUCGAGUUUGAUUGGAAACUCCUCUCCUUUUAUGAAAGUGUUAGAUGAUGGCGACUCCGAUCGUUCAGGCCCAGCAGUGACGGUCACCAACCUCUCACCCAUUACAUCCACUUACACCAGCCUGCUGCAACAAACUGAGGACCAGAACCCGUACUCGGAUCCGCCCUUCAUCAGCCUGGGCUCGCCACCGAUCAGUGACGACUACCUCAUGAGCCUAGGAGAAGGCGAGGGUAUUUCUGACCUCUUUGACGACCUUGAUCGCCUUCCCAAUCUGGAUGAUCUUCUGUGCAACUGAAGGGGAAACUUCUCCUGAUUGGAUUGACUCUGUCAGGUAACCACUAACAGGAGGGUGCAAACUUAUAGGAGUCCUUGAUUCAGGAGUCUGGGAAGCUUUUUAUCUUCCUGUGCAUCCUGAAUGAAGUGAUGCCUAAAGGUUCCUGUGAGACUGUGAUAAAGGAGCAUCCGGUGUUACUUAAGCGAGUGUUUUUCUUCAAGUCAUGCAAGUUGUUUGAAAAUUUGCCUGUAAGUGGCUCCUGUCCUGUGCAAAUCACAUUACAUCUAGGAUUCGCAUUGAGGACUUCAGCUUUAGCCAUGUAAUUAAUUCAGUGUGGAGUGCAGCCAUCUUUCUAGUGGAAGCUGGUCAUUUAUUGCUGCCUCAGAGACUCUUUCUUGAAUUAAAAGGAACGUCAAGGAUGAAAUGUAGAAGAAUGGUCACUGUACCUGCAGUGAUACCUGCAGCUUUCAAGUGCCCAUGAAUUGGAGGUUUGAGGGGUUCCAGUUUGUUUGACACCAUCACAUGCAACCUAUAGAGAUGCCACUUCAAACCAAGCCCUUCCAACUUGCAGAUGCCUUGAUUAUUUUUUUUUUUGUUGUUCCAUCAACCUCCUCUACAAAUUGCUUUGUUUUUUUCUGGAUGAUUCUUUCCUAUACUCAUUUCUCAUUCUGCGUAUGGCCGUGUGCAGAUUUAAGAACUUAUUACUGUUGACUUGUGCUUUCCACCCCACCAUAAGGUGAUCAUGAACCUCUUGCUAAAGACCCAGAUGAAUGGGUCCAGUGGAAAAAAAAAAAGCUCUGUGUAGAAUUACACAGCAAUGCUCACAUCAUGUGCUGCUGUUUUUAUUCCCAUAGUAAUGGGAGCCAAGCAGAGAUGGGAUUCAUAAGCUGCUCUUCAUUGCGUUCAGUGCUGCUGCUGCUGAUUUCUUCCACACUGUGUGAGAAAUUACUUCAUCGUUCGCAUCGAUGCUUUGAGACUGUAUUGAAGCAUAGAUUGUCCAGUUUAACUUUUUUUUUUUUUUUAGCCUGGAGCCAAAGGUCUCUUGAGACCAAAGGGCAAAUACAAACCAUGUUUUAUUUCAUGGAAUAUUGAACAGGAUCUCCAGCUAUAUUGAGAGGAACCUGCCUGUCCCAGCGGUGGGUUUUAUUUCAGUUUUGAAAGUGCACUUUAGAACUUGCUGGCUUGGAUGUAUGUUUACCAAGCUGUCAUCCUAUCAGAAAUCAUUUUUAGCCAUUUUAUGGAAAUAAAAUUUGCCGCUUUUGGGAAUUCCUCUUUUAAGGAACAGAUUGAAGCUCAAGUUAUCCAAUGAGAAUAUCAGCGUUUCAAAUUAAAUGCAUGUUUUUACACAAAGGCCUGGUGCCCUUGAUGUAGAUGUCAUUUGUUAUGUACAUGUGGUACUGUACAUUUACAUUUUUACAGAGUGCGUCACAUUUAGACCCCCAAACCACUAAUCGUCAGCCGAGACACAUUUCUUUAACUUUAGUUUUAGCGCCAUACCCAAUUUCACUGUUUUUACUUGAAAGUGAAAGUACUUUCAUACAAAGGUUUGCUUGUCCUAGAAAGAUAAAACGUCUAGGAGAACCAAGAAGCCAAGUCCAUCAAAAUGCACUCUCUCCAAAUACUUGAGUCAAACAUCCAGAUAUGCAAAGAAAAAGAUUUUGAUGUGAAUGCAAUUAACGAAAAAUUGUCUUUCUGGAAAAUUGUCUUUCCAAUUUAAAAAAAAAAAAAAAAAAAAAAGCUGUUGUGGUAGUAGUGCUAACAUGGAGACUGAAAAAAUUCAUUUGAUUUGUUCAGGAAGUGGGUAAACGACCAUGUUCUUUAUAUUUUGUGAAACAGGACAGAAAUAAGUGAGUGGAAAAAGUUCUCACCGGUAGAGUGUGUGUGUGUGUGUGGACUGAAACUUUGUGGUAUGGGGAAAUUACUGUAAUUUUGUUUUGGUGUAUGAUGGAGUCGUAUCUGUAAGUAAGUACUUGGUGAAACCUCCAGCAUUCUAUAGUUACACACUAUAUAUGUUGAUAUUGCAGAUCAAAUGUGUCUCUAGAUUUUGCUAGAAUAAUCCUCCAGAUAUCUAACUGCAUACCUAAAUAUAAUAAAAGAAUAUUUCGUUUACAUCUACAUUGCCCAAUCAGUCCAUGGGAAAUGAUGUUCUGUUAUUUGGUCAAAUUCUGGUUGGUUUUCCCCAAGCACUAGGUAAGUAAUACUACCUAUAUUCAAGCCUGUUAUUUUUUUCUGGUUCCACAAUCUCAAGGUUCUGUUUGUGAAACUAACUUUAAAAACCCUUCAUUAUUAUAACUGUUCAUUUUAAAAAAAGCUGCCACAAAUUCUUUUCAGAAACAGAGGAAAUAUGUUUAGUUUAGAGUUCGGUGUGGUUACUGAAAGUCGUUGCUGUAGUUGGUGCCUUCACCAGCUAUGCAGAUAUCCAGUUAACAAACCUUUAACUGCAAUUCUUCUACACUGUUAGUGAAGGAGAAAUAAAUCAGUUUGGGAAAUCAAAUGUGUGGAAUAAUAAAUCCCCAUGUCAUGUUAGAGUGGCUAACAAAAAAAAAAUAUCCAGGUCUUGGCGCAAAAGAACUUGUAGAUUUGUGGUCACGUAUGGACUGAAAUCGUUAAAACUACUGUAAGAGAUUUUACAGUAUUUACAUUUUUGCUGGAAAUGACUAAGGAAUUCCCCUGGGUGUAAGUGGGUGUGGGGUUAAAAAAAAAAGAGUCCACUCCAUACCUUUAUCCAUACAGAGCUCUGUGGAGUUUUUGGGGAAAAGAUGAAGUUGUUACUGUGACUGAGUAACAUAAUGAAACAGGGUCGUUAAGUUGUAGAGGCUUCUGUUCUGGAGUCAGGACUCUGUUUCCUCAGCUUUAUUACACCAUGGCUACACUUUAGGAAGAUCUUGUUCCCUUGCCUUAAGACUUAAACGUAUAUUUUUAUUAAGAAGAAACGUCACCACUGGGGCUCUGGAAUUACCUGCUUUUUCUGUGACGAAACACAUUCACCUGCUUUCUUCUGUCUGCCCAUUUUUUAUGGCUAAAUGACAUCCCCACAGUGGCCACUAGUGAAUUUCAUUGGUCUAUGCAACCCCCAGUACACACACACACACACACACACACACACACACACACACACACACACACACACACACACACACACACAAGUUCCAUCUUGAAGCCAAGGACAUAUGAUGAUGCUGUAGAGUUCGAGCAGCUUUCUCUCCCGGAUGAGAUGAUCACUCUUGUGUUUUUAGCCUGGAGUCUGGUCUUCACCUCAGCCGUUAACGGGAGUUUCUCCACUCCAGUCGGGAAUGGCCGAGCUCUUUCUCAAACCGCCACACUCAUUAACCGUAGGUGUGUUUGGUGUAGUGUGAAUUCCUGAAAGGAUUGAAGUUUCGAAAAUAAAGCAGUCUGAUCAGGAGACUCGGAUGGCCUUUAGGAAAAUCCUCAGGAUUUUAGAUAAUUUAGAGAUAAUGUUCUCCAUAAACAUCAUAAGAUUGUCCUGUGUUCAUGUCUGUGUAUUUCUUAUAUUCCUCUUUCACGUGUCUCUAUUGUGAUUGAUCCAUGAUGCUUUUCUUUAAAAAUAAAUCAUUGCGUUUGAUUUCUUCAUGAAACUCAGACUUUCAUGCUGCUUGAUUCAUUUUCUUUUAGAUGAUACUUUUCCUUUGUGUAAUGGUAUUUAAGAGUAAAUUGAGGUGGACGUUUUUUUUUGUUUUUUUUUUCAAAAUAAAUGUCUACAUUUCAUAAAAGCUUUUCAUACACUUUGUAUGAAAAGCGGUGGCCAAAUGCAUUUAAAAAAGGAAAUCUGUCAGAGCGCCAAAGCGUUGUUCUCCCCUCCUCUUUUUUCUCCCCCUUCAAAUGAAACUUCUGAAAUAAAGUUGAGAAUAAUAAAAGUAUGAAAUCCACUCUUGACGAACCUUUUUAGAUAUUUAUUUUAGCUCACUUAAUAUUUAAUGGAUCAUCACUCACUCCCGUUUCUCCAUAUCUGUCCCUUUUUUAUUUUUAUUUUAUUGACUAUUGAUAAUUUUCUUUAUGAAAAUGAAUGUGUGAAAAUAACUUUUUUUUUUAAAAUAAAAUAAAUCAAAUUUUUUUUUUGAAGCAUGAAAGUGUCUGUGUAAAAUUGUUUUAAAUUACAGCAUGUUUUGAUAAGCUUUCAACAUGUCAUCAGCUUUGAGGAAAAAAAUGUAGAUUGAUGUCAAAUAGGGACUCGUUUUUUAUUUUUUUUUUGGG